AGGCAAUGAAAACACGACGCGGUCUCCGCCUGCUCGUAACGCUUGUUUUUGAAAGCGAGGGACUUGAGCGUAAAGUUUGGAGCUCGUUUUUUUUUAAAUUUUUGAAAAUUAUGAAUGAAGAUGGAGAUGAUAGGGAUUCAAUUUGUGACUCACCGGCGGACCUUGUUGAAGGAUGUCGAUUACCUGUUCGCAUGGGAGGAAGCGAAGAUUGGCCUCUUGCCGAAAUCAUAAGCGUAAGGGGAUCAUCUUCAAAAGAUUUCUCAUUUUAUGUUCAUUAUGUUGAUUUUAACAAGCGGUUAGAUGAAUGGGUCUCUGUAGAUCGGUUAGACACACGAAAAGUACAAUAUCCUAGAAGAGAUGGACAACCUGGAACUGGAGUUAACACUCCUAAAAAGACUAGCAUACUUGGGACAAAUAGUAUAGGAUCAUCUUCAAGGCCCACCUCACCUGUCAGUGACCCUCUAACAAAUGGCGGUGGAGCUGCACUUGCUGCAGCUUUGCAGAAAAAAAUUGUACACAAACGGAAAAAAACUAUUGAAAGUGACACUCCGCCAACACCAACUAUUACUUUACCUUCAAUGAUCGAUGAAGAUAGGUUACCAUCAACGCCAACUAAUCACAAGAUUCCAAAACUUCAGCCUCAAACUCCAGAACCAACUAAAGAAGAUCAGCCACCUAGACUAACAGGUAGUAUGGUUGCCCAUAAUGAUGAUGUAGUAACACGAAUGAAAAAUGUUCAAAUGAUUGAACUUGGUGUACAUCGAAUUCGACCUUGGUAUUUUUCUCCAUAUCCCCAGGAGCUUGUCUCUUUAUCUUGCAUCUACAUAUGUGAAUUUUGUCUAAAGUAUAGAAAAAGUAGGAAGUGUUUAGAAAGGCACCUUGUUAAGUGCAAUGUCCGACAUCCUCCAGGUAAUGAAAUCUAUAGGAAAAAUAGCAUAUCAUUUUUUGAAAUUGAUGGAAGAAAAAAUAAAGCAUAUGCUCAGAACCUCUGCCUACUUGCCAAGCUCUUUCUUGACCACAAAACCCUCUAUUAUGAUACAGAUCCAUUUCUAUUUUAUGUAAUGACAGACUUGGAUACAAGAGGGUUCCACAUUGUUGGUUAUUUUAGCAAGGAAAAGGAAUCUACAGAGGAUUACAAUGUUGCCUGCAUACUUACAAUGCCACCGUAUCAACGAAAAGGAUAUGGAAAACUGCUCAUUGAAUUUAGUUAUGAAUUGUCAAAGUUUGAGGGGAAAACAGGAUCACCAGAGAAACCACUUUCAGAUUUGGGCCUUCUCUCUUACCGGUCAUAUUGGGCAAAUACUAUUCUUGACAUUUUAAUAUCUAUCAAACCUACAGGCGAUAAUGAGAAACCACAAAUUACAAUUAAUGAAAUAUGUGAGUUGACAAGUAUCAAAAAAGAAGAUGUCAUUUCAACCUUACAAAACUUGAACUUAAUUAAUUAUUACAAAGGCCAGUACAUAAUUACUCUGACUGAAGAAAUGGUCCAACAACAUAAUUCAGCAAUGGACAAAAGAAAGAUACGAAUUGACCCUAAAUGUUUGCAUUGGACUCCCAAAGACUGGUCAAAGCGUUCAAAGUGAAUCCCAUCGGCCUAAUAGCAGUUCGCAACUUGUGUAAGUCCUGGACCUUACUAGGAGAAGUCUCUCGUGAUAAGUUUGGUUGUACAUAUUGCCAGAAGAAGCAGUCUUGGAAAGGUUUUCAUUGUUAUAAAAUGUAUAUUAACAUGGUUUGGUAAUUUGCUUGCCAGACCAAUCAUUGUGCAAUUCAUUUGAAUUUUUUAAGUCAAGAAGAAAUCAAAUUUUAGAAUGAAAUGUGUUCCCCAAAAGAUAACUGGGGCUAUUGAUUAUGAUAAUUGUGAUAUUUAUGUUGUGACUGAUCAAUUUUUGUGUGGCUACUAAGUGGCAUAGAAGUUGCUCCUGAUUGUACAUAAUGGACAGAAUAAAUACUUUGUAAGCAAAA